CUCUAUCUAUAUAUAUAUUUUGCUUUUCUUCUUUCUCUCUGCCACUAGGAUACAAUGAAGAAUUUUCAUAAACAAGUCUUGCUCCCCCUCUUGCUCUUAGCAGCAGUACUCCCACUUCUGGCACGUGGGGAGUGCACGUGCGAACAGGAAGAAGAAGAAAGCAACAAACCCCUUGCACUCAAAUACAAGUUAGCCGCCAUAGCUUCUAUCCUGGUGGCUGGAGCUAUAGGGGUUUGUCUUCCGAUUCUGGGGAAGACGAUUCCAGCUCUGAGUCCCGAAAGGAACGUUUUCUUCUUGAUCAAGGCCUUUGCAGCCGGCGUCAUACUCUCCACCGGCUUCAUCCACGUCUUGCCGGACGCUUUCGAGCACUUGACCUCGCCCUGUCUCAAAGGUACGGCGUGGGAAUUUCCCUUCACUGGCUUUGUCGCCAUGAUGUCUGCCAUCGCCACUCUCAUGGUUGACGCUUUUGCCACGUCCUAUUACAAGAAAUCUCACUUCGGCGGUGCAAAGGCUCCGGCGCCGGCGAGCGUUGGAGACGAAGAGAAGGAUGGUGAUCAUGCCGGCCACGUCCAUGUUCAUACUCAUGCCACUCAUGGCCAUUCUCAUGGUUCGGUUGAGGAUUCUGCCUCUUCAGAACUUCUCAGGCACAGGGUUAUAUCUCAGGUUUUGGAGUUGGGAAUUGUAGUACAUUCUGUCAUCAUAGGAAUAUCUCUGGGUGCUUCGGAGAGUCCCAAAACAAUAAGACCUUUAGUAGCUGCCUUGACCUUCCACCAAUUUUUUGAAGGCAUGGGACUUGGUGGCUGCAUAGCACAGGCAAAGUUCAAGGUGAGAGCUGUGACAAUAAUGGGACUUUUCUUUUCCCUCACAACACCUGUUGGAAUAGCAAUUGGGAUUGGAAUAUCAAAUGGAUACGAUGAGAACAGCAACACUGCUCUUAUUGUAGAAGGCAUUUUCAAUGCUGCAUCAGCUGGAAUUCUAAUCUACAUGUCUCUGGUUGAUCUCUUGGCUGCCGAUUUUAUGAGCCCUAAAUUGCAAAAUAAUAGUAGACUUCAAAUUGGGGCCAAUUUAUCGCUACUUCUUGGAGCUGGUUGUAUGUCUGUAUUGGCUAAAUGGGCUUAAUUUAAGCUUAAUUUUGCUUAUUAAAGUAUUAUAUAGGAAAUCAUCUUUUGUACUUUCUCAUUGCAAAAUUCAUUUUUAAUGAUAUGAUAUAGUUUCCAUACA